UUUUUUUUUUCCAGCUUUUCUUUAUCUUUUCUCUUCACUCGUUUAGCGCGCUUUCCUCCUCACCACUUUUUUAGCAGAGGGAGUAUUUUCUUGCUUGUACCAUAAGCGACUUCUUUGCCUUCCUUUAUUUCAAGUUUUGUCGGAAGACUUGGCUUCAAUUACAUUCACUUGCCACAGUGUUCAGAUAAUUCAAACUUGAAAACUCAUAUCUCAAGUUUCAUCUCUCUACUGCUCGGUAAUGGCUUCUGCAGCUGCUUCUUCUUCUUCUUCUCAAAGGCGCUAUGAUGUGUUCCUCAGCUUCAGAGGAGAAGACACCCGCAAUAAUUUCACUGCCCAUCUCCUUAAGGAGCUACGUACCAAAGGAAUCGACACUUUCAUAGAUGAGGAGAGGCUUGAGACAGGCCAAGUCAUAUCUCCUGCCCUUGUUGCUGCUAUUGAAAGCUCCAAGUUGUCUAUCAUUGUUUUGUCAGAAAACUAUGCAUCUUCUAGGUGGUGCUUGGAGGAGCUGGUGAAGAUACUGGAGUGCAAGAGAACCAGGGGACAGAGGGUUCUCCCAAUUUUCUACGAUGUGGAUCCCUCGGAUGUCAGAAAUCACAGGGGAAAAUUUGGAGAAGCAUUGGCUAAACACGAUGUAAAUUUGAGGAAUAUGGAUAGGGUGCCGAUUUGGAGGGUUGCUCUCACUGAAGUUGCCAAUUUAUCUGGUCGGGAUUCAAGAAAUAAGAAUGAAGCAACGUUUAUUGAGGAAAUUGCCUCAUUUAUUUUCCAUGAGAAAAUUAAUAUGGCACAAAGUGAUACAGCUGAGGACCUAGUGGGGAUAGAUUCUCGUUUAUGUGAAAUCGAACCAUUAUUAUGUCUUAAGGCGGCUGAUGUUCGCAUCAUAGGAAUCUGGGGCAUGAGCGGCAUAGGGAAGACAACUCUUGCAGGUGCUAUUUUUGAACGAUUUCGUAAUCAAUUUGAGGGUUGCGUCUUUUUUGAAAAUGUUGGAACAGAAUUGGAAAGAGAAGGUAUUGAAGGUUUACAAGAGAAAUUGCUUUCAAAAAUAUUAGGGCUUAAAAAUCUUAGUUUAACAGGACGCCCUUCAAUAAAGGCUGCAUUAGGCUCUAAAAAAGUCCUUAUUGUCCUUGAUAAUGUGAAAGAUCAGAUGAUCAUAGAAAAGAUAGCCAAAAAACGUGAUUGGUUUGGUGUUGGAAGUAGAAUCAUCAUAACUACUACAAAUAAAAAUGUGUUGAGGACUCAUGAAGUGAAGGAAAUAUAUGAGGUGAAGAAAUUUGACGGGGAUGAAGCCAUGAAGCUUUUCAGUCGUUAUGCAUUUAAACAAGACCAUCCCAGAAAAGAUUUUGUGGAGCUCUCCAAAAGCAUAAUAGCUUGUACUCACGGUCUUCCAUUAGCUAUUAAACUUUUAGGUGACCUUUUAUUUGAAAAGAGCAAACAUGAGUGGGAAUCCAAAUUGGAUAAACUGAACAAAGAUCUUAAGUUGGGCAUCAAUUGUCUUCAAAUGAGUUACAAUGAGCUCAAUGAUGAUGAACAAUGUUUAUUUCUAGACAUUGCGUGUUUUUUUAAGGGUGAGGACAUAGAUUAUGUUGCAAAAAUACUUGACAAUCACAAUCGUUGCCCAAUUGAUGGAAUACAUGCUCUUGUUGAUAAGUCUCUAAUAACUAUUUCUGGGAACAAGCUUCAAAUGCAUGAUUUACUACAAGAAAUGGGAAGAGAAGUUGUUUGUCAAAAGUCCCAAGAGCCAGGCAAGCGGACCAGGUUGUGGAAGCAUGAGGACAUUUCCCUUGUGUUGAAAAAUAAUAAGGGAACCGAGGAAGUUGAAGGAAUAUCUCUCGAUUUGUCUCAUGUAAAAGAGAAACUCCGCUUCGAAACUCCAGCCUUUGCAAGGAUGAAUAAACUUAAAUUGCUUAAAGUGUACAAUUCUGGAGGUGCCUCCAAAAAGGGGAACUGUAAUGUGCACUUUUCCCAAGGUUUUAAAUUUCAUUAUGAUGAAUUGAGGUACUUACAUUUACAUGGAUACAAUUUGAAAUCAUUGCCCAAUGAUUUCAAUGCAGAGAAUCUUGUACAUUUAAGUAUGCCUCAUAGCUACGUACAACAACUUUGGAAAGGAAGUAAGGGUAUGGAGAAGUUAAAAUCCAUUGAUCUCAGUCACUCCACACGUUUAACAGAAACCCCAAAUUUCUCAGGGGUCGUUAACCUUGAACAAUUAAUUCUUCAAGGUUGUAUUUCUUUGCGUAAACUUCACACAUCCAUUGGAGUCUUGAACAAGCUGAAGCUCUUGAAUUUGAGAGACUGCAAAAUGCUUAAGAGUCUUUCAGAAAGUAUUUGUUGUCUAAGUUCCCUUCAAACACUCGUUGUUUCUGGUUGCUGCAAAUUGAAAAAAUUUCCUGAGAAUCUUGGGAAAUUAGAAAUGCUGAAGGAGCUUUACGCAGAUGAAACUGCUGUAACAGAAGUACCCUCCUCUAUGGGUUUCUUGAAAAACCUUGAAACAUUUUCUUUUCAAGGGCGUAAAGGACCAUCUCCUGCCCCGUCCUCAAUGCUCAGAACGAGAUCAGAUUCCAUGGGUUUCAUAUUGCCUCAUGUGUCAGGUUUAAGCUCUUUGUUAAAGCUAAACCUAAGUGAUCGCAAUAUAUUAGAUGGAGCAAGGCUUAGUGAUCUUGGCUUGCUAUCUUCACUGAAAAUAUUAAUAUUAAAUGGGAACAACUUUGAUACUCUGCCUGGGUGCAUCAGUCAACUUUUUCUACUGGGAUGGCUUGAGUCGAAAAAUUGCCAGAGACUUCAAGCACUGCCAGAGCUUCCAUCCAGCAUAGGGUAUAUAGGUGCACAUAAUUGCACAUCUUUGGAAGCAGUUUCAAAUCAAUCACUGUUCUCAUCACUUAUGAUUGCCAAAUUGAAGGAGCAUCCUCGGCGGACAUCCCAACUUGAGCAUGAUUCCGAGGGGCAGCUAUCUGCUGCAUUCACUGUUGUUGCUCCUGGGAGUGGAAUACCAGAUUGGAUCUCUUAUCAGAGCUCAGGGAGAGAAGUAACAGUAAAGCUACCUCCAAAUUGGUUUACUACCUACUUCCUGGCUUUUGCUUCUUGUGUUGUCACUAGUCCCUCAGUUCUGCCUUAUGCAGACAGUAUCAAUGAGCUUUGUACAAAGUGUACCGUGUUCUAUUCCACAUCCAGUUGCGUUUCUUCUUCCUAUGAUGUUUUCCCUCGAAGUCAUGCAGAAGGAAGGAUGGAGUCGGAUCAUGUGUGGCUGAGAUAUGUACGAUUUCCCAUUUCUAUUAAUUGCCAUGAAGUGACUCACAUUAAGUUUUCAUUUGAGAUGAUUCUUGGCACAAGUUCGGCAAUUAAGAGAUGUGGGGUUGGUCUAGUGUACGGUAAUGAUGAUGAGAAUUACAACAAUCCAGGUAUGAUCCAAUUCAACUCUAUCUUCUCUCCUCCUAACCUUGAAAUCCAUGAUGGGGAACCCAGUGGAAGUGGGUGCUCUAAUGUUGAUGGCUCAGAAUCAGACGAUUCUGAUUACUAUACUGCUGAUGAGGGGGAACCCAUUGCAACUGCCUAUUAUCACUCUGAAUCAGGGAGAUGCGGGCAAAGAAAGGCUUCAAAUGUAGCAAUUAUCAAGACAACACUUGCUAAGGAGGAACUGGAAUACCUGUUUAAUAGACUCUUGGUGGGUUGUGUAUGUUUCGUUUCUUUUCUUUCUUUCAUCUUCUUCUUAUCUUAUUUUGAUUUUGGUUACAUGUCUUAAGAUCGUUUAGAGUAGUUAAAUAAGAAUUUAGGAACUUGAAGAAAAAGUGAUAUUCUUUCGCA